AUGAAUAUGCUCAGUUGGAAUGUCAGGGGCCUUCUCUCCUCACGGACUAGGCUCAAACGACUUCUCCGGCGUGAGCGCAUUCGCUUUGCUUUAAUAAUUGAGCCCAUGCUCACUUCAGACAGGUUAUCUUCUCUGAAUCAGGAACUUGGCUUCUCUAACGGAUAUGCAUCCUUGGAAACAAAAAUUUGGCUUUUUUGGUCUACUGACUUUGAGCUUGACAUUAUGGCCGAUACUGAUCAGUUUGUCUGUAGCCGUGUCCUUUACAAACCCUGGCAGUUCUCUUUCAUUUAUGUGGCAGUAUAUGGGAAGUAUUCUAGGGCGGAGAGGACAAGUCUUUGGCAGCAACUAUCAUCUUUGCUAGAGAGCUCUGCGCCUUUUAUUCUAGGAGGUGAUUUUAAUGUGAUCUCCAGUAUAUCUGAGUACAGGGGCGAUGCACUGCCAGACAAAAAUAACAUUGGGGAUUUUUCCAGCUUCAUCCAUGAUAAUAAUUUGCUUGAUUUGCCUGUAACGGGGAGUCUGUACACCUGGCAUGGGAGGCGAACCACGGGUGCAGUCUGGAAAAGGCUCGACCGUUUUCUCUUGAACUCCCAUUGUCGCGAUUCUUUUACUGAGGUGCAAAUUCAAGUGCUCGCUCGAACGACCUCGGACCAUGCUCCGCUAGUGUUUACUGCUACAAAUAACAGUAUGUCUUGCCCGAAACAAUUUAGAUUUCAGCGCAUGUGGCUAUCACAUCCAGAUUUUAAGUUGGUUGUUCGCCAAAAUUGGUCUUUGCCGGCUGAUGGUGGCGGCAUGAGGGCCCUUGCAUACAAACUGAAGCGUCUAAAAAUAGCUUUGAAAGUGUGGAAUAAAGAAAUAUUUGGAAAUGUUUUUGACCGUGUGAAGGUUUUAGAGGCCGGGGUGGCAGCGGCUAAACACACUUACGCUAGCAAUCCAUCUGAGGAGUCGCGAGCUUCGCUCCAUGCUCUCCAAGCUGAUUUGCUUAUGGCACUUAAACAAGAGGAGUGUUUUUGGAGGCAAAAGGCAAGGAUCAAGUGGUUGCGAGAGGGCGACGCUAACACUCGAUACUUCCACGCAGUGGUUAAGGAUAGACAUCGCCGCCAAAGAAUAUCCAGUGUGAAAAAUUCAGGUCUUUUACUUACCACCCAGGAAGACAUACAGCAGGAGGCAGUAAAUUUCUAUACGACCCUCUUUUCGGCCGAGGACUGUCCGGGGUCAUCCGCCCUUGUGGACUGCCUCUCUUCGGGGUUGACUGAUCGCGAAGCACAAUCUCUCCUAGCGCCUCUCUCCCGCGAAGAGGUAAAAGAAGCGGUUUGGAAACUGGACCCGGACAGCGCAGCGGGACCGGAUGGUUUUUCAGGUGUUUUUUACAGAGACUGUUGGGACCUGGUUCACGAAGAUGUUUUUUGGGCAGUGCAGGAUUUUUUUGUUGGUGUCCCGAUUCCCCGAGCAAUGGCAAGUGCACAAAUAGUCCUAAUCCCGAAGAAGUCAAAUCCAGACUCCUUUGCUGAUUACAGGCCCUAUUUGCCUGUGCACUUUCAUCAGUAA